UCUCUCUGUCUGUCUCUCCGUAUCACACUCUUCGUGCUCUCCGCCUCUCUCUCUUCUCUCUCUCUCUCCUCAUUUUCUUCGAUCACAGCUUCAGAUCUCUCUCUCAACCAUUACAUUCAUCUCCAUCAAUGGCUUUUGUUGCUGGAUCUUCGAUGUCAACGACCUCCUUUUCAUGCUCAUUCAAGCAAAACCAGGCGCCCACCAAGAUUUCUAGUCUGAAUUCAGUUUCGCUGUCAAUCAACGGAAAAUGCUUCCCAUCUCUUAGGUUGCGCCCAGUGACGCAUCGAUUUCGGAUUUCGUGUGCGGCCAAACCAGAGACAGUAGACAAAGUGUGUGAAAUAGUGAGGAAACAGCUGGCACUACCAGCUGGGACUGCAGUCACCGGAGACUCAAAGUUCGCAACACUUGGAGCUGACUCUCUUGACACGGUGGAGAUUGUGAUGGGACUGGAGGAGGAAUUUGGGAUCAGCGUGGAAGAAGAAAGUGCCCAGAAUAUUGCGACUGUUCAAGAUGCAGCAGACCUGAUCGACAAGCUCAUUGAAAAGAAGGCUUAAUUACUUUGCAGGAAAGUUCUUUUUUUCCUUUCUCAUUUCACCAAGACCUUGGCAAUCUUUUUUACUUUAAUGCUGCUUAUGUGUGCUUGUUAGAUUUAAUUUAAAAGGGCUUUCUAUGUUUUCUUUGUUUUUGUUUCGUCAAAAAAUACUCAGUUUGCUUCGUUUUGUUUUAUUAGACUUAUUUUAGAAAUGUAUUAGAACUUUAAUAAACCUCUUUUUACUUAUUUAUAUAGUUCUAUUGGUUCCUAGACACUC